AUGCAGGAGGCCAUACCCAAGCUCCUUCAAACUAUCGAACAGAAAGAGAUUCGGCUCGUCACCAACGCAUUCAACUCCACCCCGGAAUUCAUUGCAUACUUCCAAGCCGCCGCCACCGGUGCUGUGCCUCUUAUUCUUUUGGAUGUUGCGCAGUCUAUCAAAAGAAUCGGUGCAAGGCUUGAUGGCAUCAAAGACGAGCUCGCGAUUUCAAACAUAGCGAAGGUUCAAGGCUGGGCUGACGAUGGCUUCGGGACAUAUGUGCACCGAUUCGUUCGGAACGAAAUGGCUCCGGCUGAGGGGCGUACAAAGGGAGAGAGUCACUUCUUCUAUGUAUGGAACCCUGAUAGCGAUUGGUAUCCAGACUUCGAAGGAAGGCAGAGAGAGGAUCCGCUGGGUCCCAACUUCGGCGGCUAUCAUCACGACCUAGCCACGAUUUGUGUCAGAAUGAGAGCGGACAGACAAGCCCUUAUUGCAACCACUGAGGACAACAACAAUGUCGUGUUCCAUCUCAUUAUUCCUACUUACUAUCCAAUCGUGAUAGACACGCCUAUCGUAUUCGCUGCAGAGCUAUUUCCGCUCACUAUUACCGGAAGCCGACAUCGUGGCACGGAUCUCGUUUGGUUCAACCUCGAUGAACGCUCAAGAUUCCCGAGCCCACAACUCGAAUUCAUCGGUGUAUUGCAUUUGGCUGAGAAUAAUGUUGUGGGUUCGGCUGUGUAG